CUCAGGCAUAAAACCCUCACGCUGCUGGCUGGUGAUUGUACUCACUACGACAGACAAGAUGACUAGUCUCACAGCCAAGGACAAAGCUGCAGUGAAGGCCUUCUGGGCCAAAGCCGCCACCAAGGCGGAUGAGAUCGGCAGAGAUGCGCUGGCCAGGAUGCUGGUGGUGUACCCCCAGACCAAAACCUACUUCUCCCACUGGAAGGACCUGAGUGCCAACUCCGCCCCGGUGAAGAAGCACGGAAAGACCGUGAUGGGUGGAGUUGCUGACGCCGUCAGCAAAAUCGAUGACCUGACUGCAGGUCUGCUGGACCUCAGUGAGCUGCACGCCUUCACCCUGCGAGUGGACCCUGCCAACUUCAAGAUCCUGUCCCACAACAUCCUGGUGGUCAUGGCCAUCAACUUCCCCGGUGACUUCACCCCUGAGGUCCAUGUGGCUAUGGACAAGUUCCUGGCAUCUCUGGCUCUGGCCCUGGCUGAGAAGUACCGGUGAACGGCAGGAGACCCAGCAGGGGAAGAUGCAGGAGCUCACUCUUUUGCACCAAGUGCAAAAAUUAAAUGCUCGCAUGUGAACAAUAAAUGCUUUAUCUGAAAA